AUCAAGUGGAUAGUCUUGUGUGUUUACUUAAUAGUAGUUUGGUUGAUCGUUUUCAUAUAAAAAUCGAAUAACCUACAAAGCGACUUCAGAGAGAUAAUUUCAGCGCGCGCUGAAUAAACCACCGUACACGCCUGCCGAAAACAAAGUAGCCUACUAACAAGAAUGGCGAAGGGAGUUUAUUUAGAGCAUUAUUUAGACAGCAUCGAGGGACUUCCCUGCGAGUUGCAGAGAAACUUCUCAUUAAUGGAGGAUUUAGAUAAUAGAACUGAAGAGAAAAAAACUGAGAUAAGUGAUUUAGCUUCUGAGUAUGUUGCAAAAGUUAGAAAUUUGGCAUCCGAGGAGCGUGCCCAGCAUUUAAAGAAGAUUGAGAAUGCCUACAGCAAAUGCAAAGAGUACAGCGAUGACAAAAUUCAGCUUGCAAUGCAGAUUUAUGAAAUGGUGGAUAAACACAUCCGGCGGUUGGAUGCUGAUCUUGCACGCUUUGAGAAUGAUCUGCAGGAGAAACUGGACAUGGGAAGCAUGGAUAGCUCAGAUGAGAAGCAGUUGCGAAAGGAUAAGAAUAUAAAAGACAAGAGGGGAUCACUUGGAAGAGACAAGAAAGGAUCAGAUCAAGACUCACCCAAGCAGAAAAAGCAGAAAACUGGUGCCAACAUAAGUGAAUCUCUGCUCGCAAUGCACCCAUCAGAUGUCCUGGAUAUGCCAGUGGACCCUAAUGAACCCACAUACUGUUUGUGUAGUCAAGUAUCAUAUGGAGAAAUGAUUGGAUGUGACAAUUCUGAUUGUCCAGUAGAAUGGUUUCACUUUGCUUGUGUCGGCCUAACAACCAAACCAAAGGGAAAAUGGUACUGCCCACGAUGCACCCAAGAUAUGAGGAAAAAAUAGUCUACUUCUACAAUGCAUCCUGAAUCAAAUCUCCAGUUUUUACAACCUUUUCAAGUGGAAAUCAAUUAACCUUUUAUAAAAGUGCCUUUGCUAUGUAGACGAUCAUGAUUGUAACAACCGGGAAGAAUAUUAAAUGAAUUUUCCAGUUGGUGCCAGCAGAGGGCUUGGAUCUCUAUUCAUUUUGCUGUAGAAUAAAGUUUAUUUAUGUUGAUGACUUUUAUGCCUUGUCUAAAUAGCUUGAUCUUGUAUCUUACUAUAUAUAAUAUGUAAAUAUUUUUUUAUUUUUUUUAUACAAUUUUAUGUUAAUCUAAACCCUUCGCUCUCAUAAGACUUAACUGUAACAGUUACGUGGGCAUACCAGUGAAUCGUAUAAUGAAAUAAUUUGACAAAGUUAGAAUCCGAUCAGUAUAGGGAAAUGUAGUUCUUUGAGUACUCCACCUACCGCGGUGCAAUAGAAAUGGAGACUACAUUUCCCGUCAUGCAACGCCCGUCAGGACUCAUGGACGGAACCCAUUUGCAAACAGCAGUUUGAGGUUGCAGGAAACUUCUGAUCACAGUUAGUUUUUUUUUUUUUCGCGCAUUUUAAUAAUAUUUAAUUAAGAUUUUUAUAAUAAUAGGUUAAUAAAAACCUGAUCAACCUAAAAAGCUACGUUUAGUGAAGUCCAAACACUGGGCUGGGUCGACAGUUCCGCUUCCCCUCCGCCAUAGCAGACAGAUCCCGGGAACAAGAAGAAGUUAACGCCAAAAAACAAAAAGGUUGAUCUCUGAAACCCUAUUACCCCUCUGAGUGUGUUUCCCUGUCAUGUCUGAGAACGGAGAGCUGGAGGACAAACCCCCUGCCCCCCCAGUCAGAAUGAGCAGCAACUUUAGCAUCGGCAUCAAGGACAGUAUGUCAACAAACCCCAGUUCUAAACCCCUGCCCUCCGUCCCAGAGGAGAAGAGGGACAAGCCGCGCAACAAGAUCAUAUCCAUAUUCUCAGCAGAGAAAGG